AUGGGCUCAGUUCCGGCUGAUACUGUCAGCCAUGCCAAAGGCGAAGAUACUCUCGAUAUCACAGUAGAAUUUACUGGUGGCCUUGAGAUGCUAUUUUCAAAUGAAAGAACUCAUAGAAUUGCGUUACCAUCCCGGGACCCGAGCGGAGCGGCAACGAAUAUCAGCUACCUGGUGAAAUACUUGAUCGAGAAUGUAAUGAAGGACCAAAGAAAGGAGCUCUUCGUUAUUGAUGAUCAUGUGCGACCUGGAAUAUUGGUGUUAAUCAACGAUGCCGAUUGGGAAUUGGAGGGAGAGGGUGCCUAUGAAAUUUCAAAUGGAGACAACAUUCUAUUCGUAUCUACCCUCCAUGGAGGAUAG